AAGGGAGUGGAGAUGAUCGGGGGUUCCUGCUCACAGACUGCUGCAGUACUUCCAGGACUUUAUUUUCAUUAGAUGGGACUUGGUGCGUGCAAUGUGUGAUGUUUCGCCUCUUCUAAACUAUUGUUUGUGUUAUUAAUCUAACAAAUGCAGUAAGUUUGCAUGGACAAACUUCCCAACUGAGACUCAACUUGGUCCUUGAAAGCGCUUCCAUGGUUGAAGAAAGAGUGAAAUUCCUCAAACUGGUAUUGUCUUUCCAUCUCUGAAUCAUCUGAAAUCAAUGACCCCACACCAGCUGAACACGAUGAAUGCCUCAGUACCAUUCGCCAACAACACCCCACUCUGCUACUCCAUAAACAGCCCUCCGUUCAAGUACCACCCUACCAUCGCCUCGGCCUACUUCUCAUCCAUCUUCACCACUUUGGGUAUUACCUCCAAUCUCAUUGCCUUCGUAGUUCUCCUCAAGUCCUUCCAGCGGACACAUAGCCGCUCACGCUCCUUCCUGAUCUUCCUGGGUGGCCUGGUGGUCACCGACACCAUGGGUCUUCUGGUCACCGGCUCCAUCGUGAUCUCCUUCCAUGUUACGCACUUUAAUUGGCGCCUGUUAGAUCCAAGCUGCCACUUCUGCAACUUUAUGGGCAUGUCCAUGGUCUUCUAUGGACUGUGUCCACUGAUGCUUGGUGCCGCCAUGGCCAUGGAGCGCUUCGUUGGCAUCAACCAUCCAUUUGCACGCUCCACCAGCAUGCCCAAGUGCCGGACAGUCUCCAUGGUGCUGAUGGUGUGGUUGAUCGCAGGCUGCAUAGCUUUGCUGCCCCUAACAGGCAUCGGAAGCUACCACAUGCAGAUGCCUGGAUCCUGGUGUUUUUUCAACAUCAGCUCUGAGGGAAAUAACCUGGCCUUCUCCCUGCUCUUCUCACUGGUCGGGUUGAUAAGCAUUGCUGUGUCAUUUUUGCUGAACACGGUGAGCGUUGUGACCCUGAUCAAGGUGUGCUGUGGACAGGAUAGGACCCAGCGUCGCAGGGACCACGAAAUAGAGAUGAUGGUCCAACUCAUCCUGAUUAUGGUCAUUGCUUCUAUCUGCUGGUGCCCCCUCCUGGUCUUUAUUGCACAAACUGUGCUGUCCGGUGGACCCCUUAGGAUCAAGUACCUACUCCUAUGGAUACGAUUCGCCACCUGGAACCAGAUCCUGGAUCCGUGGGUGUACAUCCUGUUUCGAAGGGCCGUUCUCAAGAGAAUCUACCCUCGCCUCGAAUGGUCUCGUGGCUCCAUCAUGACCCUGUACCCGUCUUUCAGCGACACUGUCCGGAGGUUCACUCGCUCUUCUCUUGGGAGCACCCUGGGACCAGAUGAAACAGGAGAGGCACAUGAAUCAAAUGUAACACCCCCAUCUACACUGAAGCCACCACCUCCUUCUCCAUGAUUGUUUGGAUUUGAGUUGUUGCAGCAGACAGAUUGACAUCAUUUGUGUUGCAGAAUGUGUUUGACUGCUAAAAGCUCUGAUGGGUUUUCAUGUUAAAUGUGGCCAGGAUAAGAAGCAGGAUUGCAACAAUGAUGUGAAAGAAUUAAAUGUUGUUAUUUUAUUGCAUAUCACAGUAUUAGCAAUGACACUUUAAUGUAGAGCAAAGUAUAAAGAGAGAGCAGCUAAAUCAAAUUUGUGUGAGAUCGUCCAGCUGCCCACUGUUUCUGUCUAAACCGCUAUUUACAUUCAUUAUCCUACUGUGGGAUUUAAGAAUCUUAUAUACCCUUUUUAAUAUGAAUCUUCGUUGCCUACUACUUUAACCACCUUUUCUUUGCAUUCAUUUAGUUAGGUUUGUUUAUAAAAAGUUGUUUUAUAACUAUUUAAAAAAAAUUCAUUUAUUUUUAUCGUCGCCAGGAGAAUCAUGCGAUCGCUUGCGCGUGACUGUGAGUGAGUGUGCACCUCUGUGUCUGUCCACGGCUAAUCUCGCAUUCUACUGCAGCACUCUGCAUAAUAUUUUGUGUGGCCACAAUGCUCAUACGUACAUGCUCAAGGACCUCUCGUGGUUGUGGUGACUUACAUUCCUUUUCUUGUCUGUUUGACAUUGCCUUUUACUGCCUGCUGACUCCUCAAUCACUACGGCUCCUGGCCGGCAGUGAUAACACAGUUAAGUGCGUCACCGACCCCCCCCCCCCCCCCCCCCCACAUCUGCUUUUCUGUGCUCAGAGAUAUAUUGGGGGACAUCAGUUUGCUCACUUUUAUUUUGUUGUUUGUAUGGUGUGUUUGGCUACUGGCUGCUGUCCCUCUUCACAGCUUAGACACUGCUAAACAGACAGACUGGUGAGUUUAAUUUUGUUUUUGGCAAGAUUGCGUGAGGUGUCUUAUACAACAACUGUGAGCCGUUUGCUGGUUCUGCUGAAUGCAACUUUCUAGUUUUCUUCUUCUUUUCCUUAUGUCUUUUUUAUCUUUUCGAAGCAAAAAAUGUCAUUUUUUGUUGUUGUCUUUAUGUUUGAAGGAACAAUUUUAGAAGAACAGGGGCCCUUACGUCUUAUGGAUCAAGCUUGUAAUCUCUUGAUAAAAUACAUUCUCUGUAACCACCACAGUGCACAUAAGUCAUCUAAAACAGAUGUAAAGCUAUUUACAUGCACUGUUUUUUCUACAGGUAGAAUCAGCUUUAUAACCAGCUGAGACUGAUACAGAAUCUUAGUAUGGGUUCAUUAUAUCUGAUUCACCUUCCCUUACUUCUUACCUUUCCUCUGGGCCUCACUGCAGUGCUAAUACAACUGUUGUUAUUUCUGCAUCUCUUAGAGAUGUUUAACUAUAACGUCUGUCAACUGUAAAGGUUAUGAUUACAUUGAACAGGGAGAGGGAGAUGAUUUAGUUGUUGGACAAUCCAAAUUCAGCCUGAUUAUUUGGGCAGUGUAACGACAAACAUUGUAGCAAUAAUACAUUAUAUAAUAUUAUAAUUAUGAUGUAAUUAAACUGUUGCAGUCAUGUCUUGCUCUACUGGAUAACUCAGUCACCCAGCUAUUCAUGUUGAUCUGUUUUGAACAUUAUAUCAUCACUCAUAAAUGUCACUCAGUUACCAGACAAAUCACCGAAGCAAUCACCAAUGAGAUGUGUCUUGCUUUAACUCCGUAGCAGUAUCAUCCAAUAGAAAUGUGUAAAUGCUGAAUGUGCUUGACAGAAAUGAAAUGUGUUUGUACAUAGAAAUAAAGGAUUAAAAUCCCAACUCUUUUACAUGGGCUUUUCUGAUAAACACACAGGCUCAAGCUACUGUAUGAUUUCGACCUUUUUACUUACAAUUUAAACAUGUUAAAUAUGCCAUACAUUUGUCAGGUCUUCAAUGAGAGGUGCAAUCAUGUACAAAGUGUUCAAACAUCAUAAGACAAAUACUGAUGGAGCUGAAACAGUGUAGCCGGAGUGAGUGAAGUUGAGUCAAACUGUAUUUCAGUGUUUACUUGCUUACAUAUAUUUAAAUAAUGACUCUAUAACUUGUUCACAUUGUUUUGUGAGCCAGAAAACCUUUAACUGUCAAACUCCAACAUGUAGAUUGAUGCUUCCUUCUUUCCACAGCAAAUGCUCCCCAGUGCAGAGACAGACAGAGAGAGAAGCACAUUGAAAUUAUAAAGACUGAAACAAACGCAUCAAGUAUAUUUACAUUCUCUCCUCGAAACAAACCAGAACAGUUCCCUGUGAAUUUAUGGCAAAAGGGGGAAGCAUGUGAAUAUGUUAUACAAUGUUUUAAUUUUAAUAUCAGUGAGCAAGAAGACCUUC